CUCGCUCCCCGCGUGCUGCAAAAAUGCCGUCCGAGGCUUCUCGCCGUGUGCGGCCUCCGGGGGACCCCGCCGGGUCCCCGGACCGCUGCAAAAGAGCGGCCCGGGGCGGGGGGAAAGCUGGCCGCCGAGACUGGGCGAGACCUCGAGGGGCCCACACCGCGGCAAGGUCCCGGCGCGGGGGCCUGCGGCGGGGAGGCCCUUCCCAGUCCUGGGCCCGCGGGGGCCGCAAACGUCACGGCCCCGAGGGCCGUCGGGGAGCGGCUCGAGAUGCCGGCAGAAACCUGGACGCCGGGAGGCCUCGCGCUCCGUGGGGAGCCGCGCCGCGGCGAGGCGGCGGCGAGGCGGCGGCGACGCUCCGACCCCCCUCCGCGUGUGCUCGGACCGAGCGGAGCAGUGGAGGCGCUCUUCGAACCACGCGCAGCUGCAGUGCUCAGGUGCACGAGAGACUGCAGGGGCAGGGUCGAGAAAAGUGGCCCAGACGCUGGGCUCGAAGGGCGGGCGCGGGCCGGGCCCCCCCCCGGCGCCGCGAAAAAUCCUAAGGCAGACGGAUGGCAUCUGGAGCGCCAAGGACAGACGGCCAGAACCACUGCGAACCACGCCAACCCAGCGCGGCAGGGCGGCGUGCAUCCGCCCCCUGCACCACACCGUCGUGCGCGAGCCGAGCCCUGAUCGAAGCCCGGGGCUCGCUGGGGCACCCCUACACGUGCGCCGAGGCGUGCAAGCACGUAUGCAAGCCGAGAGGCUGCAUGGACGGCCUCGCAUCGAGUGUAUGUCCAUGCCGUUAUCCCGUCUUCGAUCGCAGGAACAAAGCUGCCGGCUUCCACGGGAAACCCCCAUCAGCGCGAGGGCCAGGGCAGCAAAAAAGAGAAAAAGGUCGCGGGACGAGAGCCUCCCGCGAGCUGCCCUUGGCGGCGAGGAGAAGCCCGGGGCGGCGCGCCCUCGGGCAGCCCUCUGGCCGUGCUCCCCGGGAGAGCGCUGCUCCUCGAGCCUCGGGCAGCCCCCGGCCCCCCCCAGCUUGUGCGGGUGCGGCGGGGGCUCGCUGGGGAGAUCUGCAGGGUCGGGUGCUGCCAGAAGUGCCGCUGGCCCAAAGGUGCCCCCAGGAUCUCCAGGGAGGCCCCCACGGCCCGCAGAGCACCCCACCCCUCACGAGGUCCCGGGGGCCCCAGGCUCCAAAGUGGAGCGGAACGCUGAGGGCACCCUGGGCCAGGGGCACCUUUUAG